AUGAAUAAAAUACUCAAGACUGUCCAUGUGGCCCUUAAUGGAGAUACAGAAGGUGACAUAGACAGUCCUAGAAGAACUUGGAAUGGACUCCUUAUCGUUACCUGAAAUUACAGUAUGAGACAAGUUUAACACGAAUCUGAAGCUAGUAAAGAAACAUUUCUAAAUCGCAACUCAUGUAAGAGUAGGAGCAUGACUCCUGGAGCUGAUAGCCUUAGAAGAAGCCAACAAGUACCUACUAAAAAUCCUGGAUUAUGUUAACAAAAUAAUGAACAGUAGAUGAAACGUGCUUAUUGAAAUACAUGACAACAAUUGUUGGGAACAAGAAGGGGUGGUUUGAAUGCCGUGAAGAAAAAACAGUGGCAGCAGAUGUUACAGAGUUCCUGGAGAUUCUGAGUGCAGCGAGUGACAGCGAUUAUCAAAGUAGGCACCUUAUGCAGCUUGAUCUAAACCUCAAUCUUUCAGUUGACAAGAUGAAAGAUGAUCCAAACGCAUCACGUCUGGUACUCCUGUACAAAACGGCAGUAGAGCUAUGUCUAGUGGGUCGUGACUAG